AGUCGCGCUUGUAUAUCUCUAUGCCGCGGGGCGGCCGCGAGGCUGCGGUGUCUGCGGUGUCGCGGACACGUGACCGGGGGCGCGCGUGGGAGUGCGCCGAGUGGCCGCCAGCCCGUAUAAGAGCGCUGCAGUCGCGCGACGCCUGGUCGCCAUGGCCUGCUCCGCGCUGCUGCUGCUGUCCGCGCUGGGCGCGCUCUGCACAGGAUUCCCUCACCAGGGCGCAGGCCAGGACGGGCAGUUGGGCCUCAGGAUCGCAGGCAGCAGCGCCACUACCAUCGCCAACUACCCUUAUGUGGUGUCUGUGAGGGAGGACCUGCAGGGCGGCUAUGACGUGCACGUGGGAGGAGGCUCCAUCGUCUCCAACCACUGGGUCCUGACGGCCGCCACGACUGUACACGCGGACGUGGUGGAGAUGUACAAGGUGCGCGUGGGCAGCGACCACGUGGACAAGGGCACGAGGUACACCGUGGCGCAGAUCGUGUUCGCCAAGGGCGCCAACCCCGCGGACAUCGCGAGCUUCGACGCCGCCCUCAUCAAGGUGGCGUCCCCCUUCGUAUUCAGCGCCAAGGUGAAGGCCGUGAAGCUGGCAGCGGCCGGGUCGAGCUGGAACACCGGGACCACGGCCACCGUGGCCGGCUGGGGCCCGAUACUGCCGGAGGGGAACACCCAGGACCAGAUACGGGUGGCCACGGUGUCUGUGGUGGCCCACUCCGAGUGCACCACCGCCUACAAGGAGUGCUACCACAAGGAGUACAUGCUGUGCGUCAGCCACAAGAACGAGCGGAAGGGCCCGUGCGUGAACGACGAGGGCUCGGCGCUGGUGCACAACGGCGAGCAGAUCGGCAUCGCCUCCUUCACCACGUCCUGCUUCAACGGCACCACCAACGCCGGCCCGGGCAUCUUCUCCAGCGUCAGCUACUUCCGCAACUGGAUCAAGGCCGAGACGGGAGUGUAGACCCCUCUCUCCUCUUCUGGCUGCUGCGCGACAGCCGACCAGCCGACCAGCCGACUCCCGACUCUCGACUCCCGAUUCUCGAUUAUCGAAUCUCGACUCUCGAUUCUGGACUCUCGAUUCUCGACUCUCGAUUUUCGACUUUCGAUUCUCGACACUCGACUCUCGACUCUCGACUCUCGACUCUCAACACUCGACUCUUGACUCUCGACACUCGACUCUCGAUUUUCGACUCUCGAUUUUCGACUCUCGAUUCUCGACACUCGAUUCUCGAUUCUCAACUCUUGACUCUCGACUCUCUCUCCUGCGCCGCUAGUCUCUGUGUGUGUCGGGGCUGACGGCCAACUCGGACAUCGUGCCGUCGACAAACACUCUAGUUACCUUCAAACGGUUCAAAUGUAUGUUUGCAUGUGAACGAAAAAAAAAAAAAUCACAUGUAAAAUAAAUAUUGUCAAAAAAUAAACCACAACAAAUAUGA